AUGAGGAAUGAGUACCAUGAAUGGCUCAACGCAUUAUGCGGAACGGAGGCGGUAGAAUGGAAAUGCAAAGCUUGCAACCCGCAGUACAGAAACAAACGGAUAUCUGCCAUCCUUCCCGAUCCAGAGGAUGACGACAACACGGACACCGAGCAAGUCAUCAUGGUCAAUGAUAAAUGUAGUCAGGAAUUCCUGAGGCAGCUCCGAAACGACAUUCGCGACGCGAUCAAAGAAGAAAUGGAGCGUACCCUCAAAUAUUAUUCUGACAAAAUCGAUGAUUACCAACAAAAACUCGAUGACUAUGAAAUAAAGAUGAAAAGUAUAGAAAACCAAAACAAGGACCUGCAAAACAAAUACACAAAUAUUCAACUUAAAUACAAUUCUAUGGAGCAGAAAUUAAAUCAUAUUGAGCAAAACCAGCUAGAUAGCAAAAUUGAAAUUUGCGGAGUAGAGAAGAAGGAAAACGAAAAUACCACAGAAAUUGCAAAAAAAGUAGCACGAGCAAUCGAAAUAAAUUGUGAUGACGUCAUAAGUGCAUUCAGAAAGGAACGUCGAGCUCCGGCUGCACAACAACGAGUCGCUUCGUCCAUCGUCGUAACCUUGAAGCCGGGCCAGCGUGACAACUGGAUCACAGCCGCGAAGGGCAAAACCAUCACGGGCCAGGACAUAGGGCAUCCAGAGGACACGAGAAUCUUCUUGCGCGAGGCACUUACUCCAGCUACGGCAUUUCUAUUAUGGAAAGCAAAAAGCGAGCUAAAAAAGGACGAACUUUUUAAAUAUGUGUGGUGUAAGGGAGGCAAUGUACUGGUAAGAAAGAACGACCAAGCCAGGAUUCAGACCAUAAAAUCAGAGCAAGACAUCGAAAAACUGCUUAAGGUGAAAAGAUGA